AUGCCUCGGGUCAAGGCGGCGGCGGAGCUCGGGAGGGGCGAGGAGACGACUGCACAAGCACGGUCGAAAAAUCUGCGCGGACCUCUGAAAGUGCACGUCUAUGCAAUGGUGUGUGCUCCCUACUCUGGCACGCGCGGUGGAGACCAGCGUGCCGCCAGGACGCCACGAAGGCUUCCAACCCGAGGCCAACCCGGCGAGGUCAUCGCAGCUCGCCGAGAUCCGGAGGCCCCCUCUCUUUACUCCGUGCUGGAGGCCUCCCAGAGAGGCGGAGCCCGCGCAGACGGAGCCCGAGGUCUCGCCGCGUCGCUGGUCACUCGGCGAUGCCUCGGCGACGUCGGGAUCGAGGGGUGCGGAGGCACGGCUGGUGCCCGUCGUGGCAACAUCGGCUCUGGCCUCUCACACUGCUCGGAUCGCUGA